UAUGACAUCUUAUUACUAAAAAAUCCGGCUAGACAAAAAUAGAAAAACUGUAAAUUUAACGCCUACAAAUACUGGAAAAUUUCAGCACGAACGAUUUUCUAAAUUUAAUUCGGUCAAUGCUGACUUUUCGUUGCACUAUUUUAUAGGAUGUAUAUAUAUAUAAAAUACGGCUAUUUUCUUAAUCACUACGCGAAGCGGUUAGGUUUGCCAUAUAAGGGAAAAAACGAACGUAUCCUUGAAUAACCCGACUUGUACGAAGUUAGCGGCGAAAAUGUGACAUACGUCAAAACUGACAAAUGGCAAAGUUUCUGCGACAUCUAUGAAAAAGUUGAUGAAGUUAUAAAUAAAUAUGUUAAUUUGUUAAAAAGGCUUUUUAUGGUAAAUAAAAACUAAUUCGUCGGUAAAAUUCACAUGUAUUUCAAACUUAAGCAACAACGUAUUUCGAACUAAAACAAAGAAUUCUUUAAAAUAUGUGACGCUUCCGAUACUACACUAACCUACAAAAUUUAUUAAAACGUACACUAGUGUUUAUUGUGUACAAAAUGGGCCCAAAAACUUCUAGUGGACAAAAAAUCGAAAAAAUAAAACAGGAUAUAGAAGUGGAAGAUUUUCAAAACAUAUGUAGGACUUGUAUGUCCAGAAAAGACCUUCAUUGCAUUCCGGAUGUAGUAAAUAUAGACGGUGUUAAAUUAAUAGAAUUACUUCAACAAUACAUAGAAGUAGAUUCCAUAAACAAUCAAAAUAUGCCACAGAACAUUUGUAACAAGUGCACAAUCGAAAUAUUUAAAUCGUAUGUGUUUAAAGAACAAUGUCGGCAUUACGAUAGGUUGUUUGAAGACAGGCUUAUUGCAAAGGACGUUUUAAUUUAUAAGGAAAAUGAAUUUAAUAAUGAUAACAUGUUUGAGAUUGUUAUGGAUGACGAUGAUGAUGAUGAUUCAGACCAACCACCAGAUUUUUAUUAUGAUGAGGAGAAGAGUGAUGAAGAAGACGAUGAUCUUAAAACAAAAGAGGAGCUAGAACCCAAGCAACUAGAUACUUUUGAACACUUGGAAGAGAAACCGUUUAUUUGCAAUCAAUGCAAUAAAACCUUUACGACUCGAACUUGUCUGAAAAGGCACGAAAAAACCCACACAGGAGAGAGACCAUUUGUGUGUAUGUGGUGCGGGAAAAAGUUCACACAAAAGCACCAUGUAAAAACUCACAUGAGAGUCCAUGUGGGUGAAAAACUGUUUCAUGAGUACGAAGAUAACUACAUAAUUAAAGAUGAGAUUGUAAAGAAUGAGUAUGAAGAUAACUGCAUAAUUAAAAAUGAAGAUGAUGUAAAAAAGGGCAUGAAAAAAAUCAAAGGGGAGUCAAAACCCCACAAAACCAAAUGUGCAUUUUGUGACAAAAAGUUUGAUAAAUACACCAUGAAACUGCACCUUCGUGUGCACACUAAUGAAAAACCUUAUGUUUGUGAAGUUUGUGGGGAUUCAUUUAAAAUGCCCAGGAAUUUAAGGCUGCAUAGGUAUAGGCACACUGGGGAACGACCGUAUGCCUGUCAGGUAUGUGGAAGAAGAUUCAGUAGGCCAACCACGCUGAAAAAACACGUAUCCAACAUACAUUUCAAGGAUAAACCUGAGAAAGUUUACACCUGCGAGGUAUGCAACCAGCAAUUCAAAAGGUUCGUUUUAUGCCAAAUGCACGAAAAAGAGCACAAAGACGAGAAACCGUUUAAAUGCGAGGUUUGCGGUAAAGGUUUCGGCACUACAGCCUUGAAAAAGGCGCACGCUGAGCUUCACGAAACCAAAAAGUUUCUGUGCAACAUAUGCGGGAAGGGUUUUGCCAGGAAAGGGGCUCUGACCAUCCACACGAGAACGCAUACCAACGAAAAGCCUUUUAAAUGCGACCUCUGCGAUAAAGCGUUCAACAAUCGCAAUUGCUUGCGAAUUCACACUAGAAGACACACGGGGCAGAGGCCGUACGGUUGCGGUCAGUGCGAUAAGAAGUUUGUGCUGAGGCAGCACCUUAAAAAGCACAUGAGGACUCACACGGGGGAGAAACCGUUCGAAUGCAACGUGUGCGGUAAGAGGUUCGGUUAUAAGCGGGGUUUGGUGUACCACGGUAGGACUCACACGGGAGAAACGCCUUUCAUGUGCGACUAUUGCGACAGAGGGUUUUACGACGGGUCUGUUCUUAAAAGGCAUGUGAGGAAAGCGCAUCCUGAGAAGGUUGUUAAACAAAAAAAUGAUUUCAAAAUAGAGUAUGAAUUUGAUACGGAUGAUACCUUUGAAAAUGUAGAUUAAAAAUGUUGAUAAAUAAUAUUAAGUAUUUUAAAUAAUUGUAUAUUGUAUAUAAAAUUAUUAUAAAAGA